AUGAGAGUGCUGGAGGGUGGCCGAGUGCUCCCGGGGGUUUUUAUCCUCCCUCUCUGCGCCUUGCUGCUGCUCUUACUGCUCCUGAGCAGCGCACCUGCCUCUCGGAGCCACCCUCAGCCCUGCCGGAUUCUCAAGCGCAUCGGACACACGGUGCGCCUGGGAGCCGUGCUCUUGCUGCCUUCUCUGCCCAAUAACAAGCUGAGGGGCGAGAAGGAGCAGGGGCUGGGGUUGUCCGCUACCCACAGCCGCCAGGACGCCCGGGAAGCGCUGCUGCGCGCCGCCCGCCAGCUGAACGCCAGGCACGGCAUGCUGCCUUACAACCUGUCGGUGGAGGUGGUGAUGGGGAUGGAGACGGGGUUGGGCGAGCUGCCGGUCUUCAGCGUACCCCCGGAUUCCCGCAGGGACCCGCAGUCCUUCCUGGAGAGUGUCUGCCAUACGGUGGUGGUGCAAGGGGUCACGGCAAUUCUCGCCUUCCCGCAGACGACAGGGGAACUGUUACAACUGGAGUUCCUGUCUUCCACCAUCCAAAUCCCCGUGGUCAGCAUCGUAGCAAAGGAAUAUCAUAGAAAAUCGAAGAAUCCCCUCCAUCUGCAGAUGAGCCUGGAAAAUUCUCACCCCACCCACGCAGACAUUCUUAUUUUUCUCCUGACGAUGAAUAGUUGGUACGACGUCAGCCUGGUUCUGUGCCAAGAGUGGAAUGUGACCAACUUCCUCAGCCUUUUGUAUAACAAUUCCAAGUUUCACCUCGGGACCAUUUUCAACAUCACAGAAGACAGUGAUGACAAUGAUUUUCUCAGUUACCUGCAAGGGUACUUGGCUGCAGCUAAAGAGGUGUCUUUGUCCAUCAUCACUUUUGGCUGUGAUAUUGAUCACUUCCAAAAGAUUUUCCAGUUGGCAACAAACUAUGGAUUGACGCUGGCAGAACACCAUUGGAUUCUAGGUGACUCUCAAAAUGUGGAGGAGCUAAGGACUGAGGGAUUUCCCAUGGGUCUGUUGGCCCAUGGUAAAACGACUGAACCUGUUUUCCACAACUAUGUACAGGAUGCAUUGGAACUGAUAGCCAGAGCAGUAACCACUGCAGCCUAUGUCAGACCAGAUUUGGCACUCAUUCCAACUACAACGAACUGCAUGCAUUGGGAAGAAAUUAACAUAACAUCAGGCCAGUUUCUUUCAAGAUUUUUAGCAAACACAAGCUUCGAUGGUGUAACAGGUUAUAUUAAAGUAACAGACCCAUCUGUUAUCACUUCAGACAGUCAUUACUACAUCUGGAACCUACAGCUUGAUCCUAUUGGCAAGCCCAUGUGGACUCGCCUCGGGAGAUGGCACGAGGGAAAAGUUGUCAUGGACCAUGGGAUCUGGCCCAACAAGAUGCAGAAGCAAAAGAACGGCAGUGGCACAUCUCGGUUGCACUUGAGAGUGGUGACACUCAUUGAACACCCUUUUGUAUUCACUCGGAGUGUGGAUGAUGAUGGCCAUUGUCCUGCUGGUCAGCUCUGCCUGGACGCCCUCACAAACGACAGUGCUGUCAUCGAGAGCCUCUUUGAGAACUUAAAGUCAGGGAAUGAUUCUGUGCCUAUUGAGUACAAGAAGUGCUGCUAUGGUUACUGCAUUGACCUCCUGGAGAAACUGGCAGAGGAUAUGAACUUUGACUUUGAUCUGUACAUUGUCGGUGACGGGAAGUACGGUGGCUGGAAGAACGGCCGCUGGACAGGCUUGGUCGGUGAUCUGCUCAGCAACGCCGCACACUUAGCUGUCACCUCCUUCAGCAUCAACUCGGCCAGAAGCAAAGUGAUCGACUUUACCAGCCCCUUCUUCUCCACCAGUCUGGGUAUCUUGGUGCGAUCAAGAGACACGGCCGCCCCCAUCGGAGCUUUCAUGUGGCCUCUGCACUGGUCCAUGUGGGUGGGGAUCUUCGUGGCUCUCCAUGUCACCGCUUUAUUCCUCACGCUCUACGAAUGGAAGAGUCCUUUUGGAAUGACUCCAAAAGGAAGAAAUAGAAACAAGGUGUUCUCCUUCUCUUCAGCCCUCAAUGUCUGCUAUGCUAUAUUGUUUGGCAGGACAGCAGCCAUCAAAACCCCCAAAUGUUGGACAGGAAGGUUUCUCAUGAACCUGUGGGCUAUAUUCUGCCUGUUCUGUUUAUCGACAUAUACAGCUAAUCUUGCUGCUGUAAUGGUAGGGGAGAAAACUUAUGAAGAGCUUUCAGGAAUUCACGACCCUAAGCUUCAUCACCCAUCCCAAGGCUUCCGUUUUGGAACAGUUCGGGAAAGCAGUGCAGAGGAUUAUGUGAAGAAGAGUUUUCCAGAGAUGAAUGAAUAUAUGAGGCGGUACAAUGUACCAACAACACCAGAUGGUGUGAAAUUCUUGAAAAAUGAUCCUCAAACACUUGAUGCCUUUAUCAUGGACAAAGCGCUGUUGGAUUACGAAGUCUCCAUUGAUGCUGACUGCAAGCUUCUAACUGUUGGAAAACCUUUUGCUAUAGAAGGGUAUGGAAUUGGCCUUUUGCAGAAUUCCCCAUUGACAUCAAACAUUUCGGAAUUAAUUAGCCAGUACAAGUCUGACGGGUUUAUGGAUGUGCUUCAUGACAAAUGGUAUAAAGUUGUGCCGUGUGGAAAAAGAAGCUUUACUGUGACGGAGACUUUACAAAUGGGUAUCAAGCAUUUCUCCGGCCUCUUUGUGAUGCUCUGUAUUGGCGUUGCUGGUUCCCUUUUCGCAACAGUUGGCGAGCACAUCAUCUAUAGGCUGGUUCUUCCACGGAUCAAGAGGAAGCCAAGGCUGAAGUACUGGCUCCAUACAAGCCAGAGAUUUCAUCGUGCUUUGAAUACAUCCUUCAAUGAUGAAGAGUUUCAGCACAAAUUGAAUCGACUGGAAAAGAGGUGUAAUGUAAGAAAUAACCGGCAAGUUGUGUGGAACACAGCCACCCAUGCAAGCUGGAACAAACAGAAAUAUAUUUUCAAAGACGAUCAACAGCCUGAAAUAAGAUUGAAGUCCUCCGAGGCAGAGGUUCUGCCUUCACUGGCAAAGGAGCUGCCUCGUGCCAUCAAUUCCAAUGGCAAACCUGAGCCACUUGUGAAAGCCAGGCAGUCAGUCAUUCAUGAGCUGACAGAAUUAGAGCAGCAGAUUCAACUCAUCAAACAAGAACUACAAAAAGCAAUGAAUAGGAAAAAUGAAUUGGAGGAGUAUCAGAGAACAGUCAAGAAAGCAGAACCAUAAAAUGGGAACUGGUUAAAACAAAUGUUGACAAAAACUCUAUUUUUUUCUGAACUUUCCCCUCUUUGUAGAGUUGUAUUUGGCAUAAAAACCAUGAUACAUAGUCAGUUUCUCCCCAACAAAUGCAGUCACUGCCUUGUCCAAGAGGAGAAGCUAGAACUCGUAUCAGAAUUCCACGCUCGAUUUUAAUUUCUUCUUAUUCAUCUCAAAAGACCCAUAAACACCAAGGUUAGCAGAAGAGAUCUUGUGGGGAAUUAUAUACAGCUUGGUCACAAAUUAAUAUUUAGUUAACCUGCACUGUAGGUGCAGCCUUUUCUAAAACCUCUCAGUUCCUAUCAGGUGAUCAGAAAAGAAGCAGCCAAGAUGAUAUUGGACUAUUUUGUAAACACCAUGGAUUCUUUACUGAUUGUAACAUUUGGUGAGCUUUGGUUAAAGCAAUGUACACUGCCAGAAACUUACAAGUUGGAUCAGUGAAACCCAUCUCUUUAGUGAACCACCAGUCAGGACUAAUGAGGUCCCUUAAGACUUUGUGUAGGAUGUUGUACACUGGAAACAAUGAAAGCUUUAAAUUAUUGUGUAGCUUUUCAUAUUGACCUGCCUGACAGUCUGUGGGGACGUGAAUCUGUC